AUGGACCCAACCACCAUGAUGCAGAUUUCCACCCAAAUGCCACAAGGCUCUGUUGAUGAAAGCUGGACUGAGAGAAAUACUAAUGAAUCUCUCUUUGUUGGUUUGGGUGAUUGUGAAGAUGGGAUAUUUGUUGUGACAGUUAACUCCAUCAUGUUGGCCAUCAGCUUUUGUGGGUUGGUGGCAAAUGCACUUGUCCUUUGGCUCCUGGGUUUCUGCGUCAAGAGGAACCCUUUCUCUGUCUACAUCCUUAACUUGGCCGGGGCUGACUUCUUCUACCUGUGUAGCCAGAUUGUGCGUUCCAUCACACUUAUUCGUCAUGACUUGUGGGACAUAGGACCAACAUUUAUUUUCACUGUCACAUUUUUCUUUUAUACCUUGGGCCUGAGCUUCUUGGCUGCAAUCAGCACCGAGCGCUGUCUGUCCGUGCUCUUCCCCAUCUGGUACCGAUGCCGCCGCCCCAAGCACACUUCUGCCACCGUGUGCUUCCUCUUCUGGACACUCUACCUUCUGGGGAAUCUACUAGAAGGUUUUGCCUGUGGUUUACUUGUUUUGAUGCCCUCCAGUAUAAUGUCAUGUCUAGCAUGGGACUUCUCUUUUGUUACAUUGAUCCUCUUCUUGGUUUGCCUGCUGUGUGUGUCCAGCUUGACUCUACUCCUUAAAUUCCAGUGCCAUGCCCAGCAUAGGGCACCCUCCAAGCUCUAUCUCCUCAUCCUGUUCACAGUCCUUAUGUUCUUGCUCUGUGGCUUGCCUUUGGGAAUCUACUGGUUUCUCUUAUAUUGGCUGAUAAACACAAGGACCCUCACAUAG